AUGCCUCCCGCUGCCGAUCCCCCGACCUCACCAACAGCUGCGGCUGCUCCGGUCGCUGCUCCUGAAAAGGCGUUGGUGGUCGAAGAAAUUAUAGACAUGGCCACAUUUGAGCAGAUCCGCGAGAUGGACGACGAAGGAAGCGACGAGUUCAGCCGUGCGAUCGUAACCGGCUUCUUGGAUCAGGCGAGAGAGACAUUUGACCAGAUGGACACCUCCAUCCAGAAGAAGGACUUGGAGCAGCUGUCCUCGUUGGGCCACUUCCUUAAAGGCUCGUCAGCUACGCUCGGUCUCGUCAAGAUCAAGGACUAUUGCGAAAAGGUGCAGCAUUUCGGAGAAAACAAGGAUGAGACCGGUACUCUCCACGUUCCCGACAACGAGAAGUGUCUGAGCGCCAUUGCGAAGGCGUUGAAAGGCAUGCGCGAUGAGUACGAGAAGGUGGUGCAGUUCUUUGAUGAGGUGUAUCCUCCUGAGGAAGAGGCUUGA